UGUAGGUACCAACCAACAACUCAGUCGUCCGUCCUUGUACCUUGUGGGCGCAUCCCUGGAAACUGGAGUACCAAGUCAUGGCCAUACAUACAUGCAUGUACCUAUAGAUUCGACGACAAGUCAGCAAAGAUAUCGGCUAGCCAUAUAUAUGUUCGUCUGCGGCCCACCCGUUGCUUUCUGUUGGGGACAAUAAUUCUUGCCGUGCCUUCAAUUCCUGCCAUGCUUAUCUUCAAUUAGCCAUAUAUAGGGUUCAUAAGGCUUCACAGAUAGAGAUACAAGUAAUGGCCAUUAUAGAUAGAUGCCUACGAAAAUUAUUCCGCCUAGCUAGUCGUACAUGUAGCUAUCAAAACAGGUCAAGAAAUUCAUAAUGGCCAUACAUGUAGCUACCAUUUGGACAAGUCCGCCCAGCCAUACAUCUACGACGAAUCUACGACCCAUGCAUUGUUGUGGGCCCAAAAUCUUGCUUAUCUUGAAGCAAUCUGAAAGUAACCAAGGGAGAGCUGCCUGCAUGUGAGUUUCGCCAAGUCAAGUAAGUGAAGCAAAUAUGUCCUCAUCCUCAUCCCAUCCCCCUUGCACAGCAGCCACUGGGAAAAUACCACUGAUCGGACUAGUGUCAAUUAUUGCCAGGCAAGCCAACAGCAGGUCCCGCGUCCGAUCCAGAUCAAGGGGUUGUAAGAGCACUCACUGUCUAGACAGCUCACUCGCAGCCACUCUCUCAACAAGCUGGUUGGCUGCCUUAUCACCUCCCAGCCGGUGCUCUUCACCUCCCCUGCUCUGCUAUCCACUCCCCGGCGGCCCCUCCUGCUCUUCACCUUCGCCUCCUCCCUGGCAACGCACCACGGCGACGGCAGCUCCCGGAUCAGGGGCACUGUACCGCCGCCGCACAGCUGCAGCAUCCGUCACCGCCGGGAAGUACGGCAGCUGACAUCCACCAUCGGCGCGCCUGCGCGCCACACGUCGUCCAUCCCUCCAUCCGACCAAGGGAUGGCCUACGUGCCCCUCAGCGCGGCGCAAUGGGUGGUGGGCAAGGCGCUGGCCCCCGUUGCAGAUGGCGUGCUGGGGGCUUGGGCUGCCACCAGGAACUUUGGUCCUAACGUCGAGGCCCUCAGCACGGAACUGCUGCUCGUGAAGGCCACGCUCGAGCAGGCUGCCCACAAGGAGCUUGGAGGCCCCGCCAUGGAGAUGCUGCUGCAGAAGCUACGGGAUUUGGCGCACAAUGCCCAAGACUUGCUGGACGAGCUGGAUUACUUCUGCAUCCACGAUGAGCUGCACAACACAUAUGAUGCAGCAGAUCAGCAUGGCAAGGGUAGCGUCCAUGACCUCGCCCUCAAUGCUCGCCACACCGCCAAAGCUGUUGGCAAAAUGGUCAAUUGUUGCCCUUGGCAGCGUGCUAAACGCCGGGAGAGGUCACGUGCCGAUUCCUCCUCGUCACCCGACGCCAAUCAAGAGGUCAGCGGAUGCAUGCCCAAGUUCGGUAAACUCCUCCCUUGCUCAUCUUCCACAGAUCCACAUGUUCGGGAAGAAGAUUGUGGCAAUGUGCAAGAAAAACCAAAGCUUGAAUUUAAUAGGGUUGAUUUCUCUCAAAAGAUGAAGGUCAUAAUAGAUAAACUGCAGCCUGUGCGUAAGGAUGUUAAUGGCCUUCUACAGAGUUGUGACUCUAGAAUUGUCCCAAACAUUGCCCAAUGUCGUCUUAUCACCAAAGGUCGAAUUGAUGAGCCAAAACUUUAUGGGAGGAACCGUGUCAUGAAUGGCAUCAUACAUGACAUCACCAAGGGUCAAUACUGUGGCAAGGGUCUAACUGUCAUUCCGGUUGUUGGUCCGGGGGGAAUGGGGAAGACUACUCUUAUACAACACAUAUAUCACAGCCAACAAGUCAAGAAUCAUUUUCCAGUCAUGAUUUGGAUAUGUGUAUCGUUCAGUUUCAAUCUGGAUAAGGUGCUAGAGCAAAUUAAAACAUGUACCCCUCGAGUUGAAAGUGAAAAAGAGUGUAGUACAACAGAAGAGGUGAUUGAACAAAGAUUGAAAUCUAAAAGGUUCUUACUUGUAUUAGAUGAUAUAUGGAAGAUUAGUAUUGGGGAUGACUGGGGCAAAUUAUUGUCGACGCUUAGUAAAUCACAAGAAAAGGGUUCCAUGAUUAUCGUCACAACUCGGUUUCAUGCGAUAGCACAGAAGGUUGAAACAAUUGGCCACUCAAUAAUGCUAAACGGGUUAGAAUCUGAAGAGUUUAGAAAAUUAUUCCUUGCAUUUGUCUUUGGUGAUGAGGAAUGGCCAAGGGAUAAACAUUUUCUGCUUGAGACUGCAGAUAAGAUAAUGGAAAAACUAAAGGGCUCCCCUCUUGCUGCAAAAACGGUUGGUAGAUUACUAAGUAAAGACCUUAGUCUGCAUCAUUGGAAAAGGGUCCUAAAAUGUAAAGAAUGGGAGAAGCAGACUGAUGACAAUGAAAUUAUGCCUGCCUUGAAGCUUAGCUAUGACUUCCUCUCUUUCCAUCUGCAGCAAUGUUUUGCCUAUUCUGCAUUGUUUCCUGAAGAUUACCCUUUCCAGCAGGACGAGUUGAUUAGUUUGUGGAUUGGACUAGAUAUUUUGAUACCUAGUGGCCAAAACCAAGCAUUCGAAGACAUAGGUCUAAGCAAUUUAAAUGAGCUAGUAAUCCAUGGAUUUUUCAGAGAAGUGGAAGUUGAUGGUGCUUUUUUGUAUGUUAUGCAUGACCUACUUCAUGAUUUGGCAUUGAAGGUUGCAUCACAUGAUUGUCUUAGCUUACGCCUCCCUAAUGUUGGAUCAGUAGAGAUUCAGUCAACCAUCCGUCACUUGUCUAUAAGCACAUAUGCCUUAGGUGAAUAUGAUGUAGUGUCUGGUGAAAAAAUAAAAAGUGAACUGGAAGAACUGAAGACAAGAUUUAAGGUUGAAUAUCUGCAAACGUUGACGUUAUUUGGAAAAUUGGAUGAAGGUUUUGUCAAGAUAUUUGGUGAUUUUUUGGGGGAAGCGAUCUCUCUCCGUGUUCUUCAUUUGCCCAACAUGCGUUGUCCCGUGGAGUCCCUGUUACAUAACUUUUCAGGACUUUUCCACCUACGAUACCUUUGUCUAGGAACAGAGGAGGGCCAGAUGCAUUUACCACUUAGCAUCUCUAAAUUUUAUCAUUUAAGGAUUCUAGAUCUUAAAUGGUGGAAUGGCAAUCGUGAUUUGCCCAAUGACAUGAGCAACCUUGCCAAGUUGUGCCAUUUUUAUGUCCCAUGUGAUCAUCUGCUUUAUUCUGAUAUUUGUAAUGUGGGAAAACUUAAACUCUUAGAAGAGUUAAACGUAUUUCAGGUCAAUAAAAAAAGUGAAGGGUUUGAACCAAAGCAACUACAACACUUGACCAGGCUAAGGGAGCUUGGUAUCUACAACCUUGAGAAGAUAGAUACAGUAGAAGAGGCAGCUGAAGCAAAAUUGAUGGAGAAAAAAUACUUGAGGAGGUUAACAUUGGAUUGGGAUAGUGGGCGGUCUAGUGUUGAGCCUAGUGUGGAAGCAGCAAUUCUUGAGAGCCUUCAACCUCAGGGAGAUCUUCAAUUCUUGUGCAUUAGAGGGCACGGAGGCCCAUCUUCUCCAACAUGGCUGGGUGAUGAGCUCGCUGUUGAAGCUUUGCAAUCUCUUUGGCUUCUUGGUGUUUCUUGGGACGUUUUCCCUUCUUUAAGGAAGGCGUGGGAUCUUCGCAUAUUAAGGUUUGACAAUAUUGCCAGACCGAAGGAGUUUAUCAUAGAGAAAAGCUUUUGCAUGCUAACAAAGCUUGAACUCAUUGACCUAGGAAGUUUUGAAAAAUGGGUUUACCCAGCUGAACAAGAGUCUUCCUUUGGUGGAGACUUGUUCCCACCGGAUGCUCAUAUGUUCCCUCUUUUGCAAGUUCUGAUUAUUAGGAACUGUCCAAAACUGUUGGGGUUGCCUUUCUCAAACUACAUUGUUUCCCCAGAUUGGUUCCCCAAGCUAGAAGAGCUUGAGGUACAUGACUGUCCUGAAUUCUUGCCAGUGAUUCCCAUCUCCUGGAUUGAAAGUCUGCGCUCUGUCACGAUGAAAUGUGUGAAGAUGCUUAAGGAGUUUGCAUACUUACCAUCCAAUGGAGCAAAAUUGAAAAUUAUUGGAGAGGGGGGGCUGCAUAGCAUAGACCAAGUGUUACUUUUCGAUACAGAAACAUGUUUUGAGGAGCUGACACUCAAAAGCUGCCCACCUCUGCAGUUGAAGGAGCUUCUGAUGCUAACCUCACUGAAGACAUUGUAUUUAGGACAAUCAGAUGCUCUGUUUAGAUCACUAGGAGGUCAGGGUAGUUUGGAAUGGCAGCUCCCUAUUGAGUACAUCAUGAUCAGCGACUUAAAUGGUAAUAGUUGGGAGGAAUUGACAGAGCUCCUCCCCCACCUCCCAAAGCUCUCCUCAUUGAAAAUAUGGACGUGUAACAUUAAAAAGCUGGUAUUGGCAGAGGAAGUGGAAGAUGGAGUGCUGCUCUUCCCACCUCAUCUCCAGGAAUUGGAUUGCUGGAAAUGCCCAGAGCUGGUCCUAGUGGACCCGCCAACUCUUGUUCAUGGAGCAGGAUCCCUCCGGAGAUUAAGCAUAAAGUACUGCCCAAAGUUUCUAACCUCCUUCUCGUUUUCCAGUCACAUUUUCCCUUCCUCCCUGCAGUUCCUGGCUCUUUGGGAGGUGGAAGGCAUGGAAACACUGGAGCCCCUCUCCAACCUCUCCUCCCUUGUCAAAUUAGAAUUGAUUAAUUGUGGAGAGGAUCUGAAAGGUCAGGGCUUGCAGUCUCUGCUUACCACUGGGGGGCAGCUCAACGAAUUAGUAGUCCGUGGUAGCCCUGGUUUCUUUGCUGGUUGGGAUCCCUUGGAGGAUGUUGAAGCAGGAGAAGAGCAGCAGAUACAACGCGUUUCAUCCACACCAUGGAAACUUUGCACGGAUUACGUAGCGGGGCUCCUUUCUGCACCCAUCUGCAGCUUUCUCUCUUCCUCCCUCACCAAUCUGGAGCUUUGUGGGCUUAGGUUUGCUGAAGGGAUGGAGCGCUUCAGCAAGGAGCAAGAGGACGCCCUUCAGCUCCUCUCCUCCCUCCACCAACUAGAGUUUGGGGAUUUCCGUCACCUUCAGCAACUCCCUACAGGGCUGCGCAACCUUACCAGCCUCAAGAUAUUAUCAAUCCACCACUGUCCUGCCGUCUCAUCAUUGCCCAAUGAUGGCCUCCCCAAAUCACUACAAGAGCUAGAUAUCAGAUUCUGCGCCAACCAGGAGCUAAAACAGCAAUGCAAUGGGUUGGUGGGAACCAUCCCAAAAAUCUUACUGGGCCGCUGGUCUAAGACCACUACCUUGUAAAGCUCUGCUUUCCAUAAAAACACAUUUGCCACACACAUGACACAAGGGUCUUGUGGCUGUCAUCUUCCUUCCACUUAUAACUCCGGUGUCCGUUCAAUCUUAUAGGCGUCUUCAAUUUUGCAUUUAAGUUUGGGUUAUUGUCAUUCAUCAAGACAUGGUAGGCUUUCUAGGCACUUGUGUUUACUUUCAUCCAGAACCCAUGAGACUGAUGGUGUACCUGGGAAGUACAGUUUACGGAUCAAAGGAUCAUCUUGGCGUAAUUAUGGAAAACAAUGAGUUGUCGGUGUUUUGCUACUGAUAAGGUUUGCAGUUUUUCAGUUCAGUCUACAUUCCACUGACAUAGGUAUACUUGCAACCAAUAAAAUUUGCAUUUUCUAGAUUCAGUCUACAUUCUACUAAUACCAGGUAUUCUUGCAUUCGUCAUAACUAUUGUUGUUUAACAAAAUUUGAUGGUGUAUAGGACCUUCAGAAGAAUAACUGGCAUUCAGAAGGAUGCAUCUUGAGAAUUCAGAAGGCCUCCAUUUACGGAGUAGUGAGUACUUUGUUCAUUCUGUAUUCCAAGUUAUGUGAUUACUUUGGGGGAAAGGUGUGGUCGACUGAGGCAAUCUUGUGCCACUGCAACGGCCACAUGAGAAUGGUGCUGUUCGGAGGAUGCAGUUUUAACUUUCCAACUGUUCCUUGUGACAUCCUUGAAUUGCUGCACUCGUUAUCGAUAGUACUCCCUCCGUAAACUAAUAUAAGAGCGUUUAGAUCACUACUUUAGUAUUCUAAAUGCUCUUAUAUUAGUUUACAGAGGAAGUAUCAAGUUGCAGGAGAUUUUCCAAGGUGGCCCGUGCUGCACUCGUACUCGAUGGCUCCAGCAAUGUGUGCACCUAAAACACUGCAGAACAAUCAUUCAUGCAAGAAUUGGCUGGCGAGGAGAGGAGGGUGAUGAAUUGACUUGCAACAAGUCCAUGGAGUAGUUAUGCAUGUCUAUAGAAACGUAAUAUGCUUGCUGGAGCCAUGCCAAGGAAGAAGAAGGAGAGUGACACAUUGGCUAGUCUAGCAGAAGCGUAGCCUGCAGCUUGGACGUAUGUGAUUGCUUUGGUACGUCGCCCAGAAUUAAAUUUCCGUGAUGAUUGAGUAGAUCAAGUGAGGCCAGCUGUUUUUUCACCUCGGUACCGUGUGUGCACUAGAGAUGCAAAGGAAUGCCGCUCCUCCGCGUGUAUGCAUGAGGAUACCUACCUACCUGCCUGGUGAAAUGGUUGAUAGAUCUCUUUGGAUCGUGUAGACUAGAUCUUUCCGGUAACCUACCUUCUCCUGGUGCGGACGAACUCGAUCCAGCACCGGCCAUGGUGAUGGCGGAGUGUGGGCGAGGUGGUGGCGGCGGAGCUUCCCGUCGGCCUAGCGCAAAACCCUAGAUCGGAUUGGUGUUUCGGUGGUGUUGUGGUGCACGGUCAACCUCGUCAUACGUGCCCCCGCACCCCACCUCUUUAUAUUGCGCUGGCGACAGGGGCCCACCAACCAUGGAUUGGUUGGGCGCCCCCGAUCAGGGCGCAAGUCAGGGACCCGUUCGACCCGUUGGGUUCGAACGGGAUAGAGAUCAACCUAACAUUCUCCCCCUUGAUCUCAACUUUACUUUUAACCCUAUACUUUCUAGUUUAUUUGUUUCAUCACAUAUUGGUACAUAGAGCAUGUUUCAUCGUCACAGCUUAAAUGCCGGUAGAAUCAUACAGCUACAACAUACGUUUUGUUUCAGAAACAAAUUCUGUUCCUUUUGGGCCUAUCCAGGAAUCAUAAGGCUUUCCCUUAAACCCAUGCCGGCUAAGUGUUCCUUGAACACAUUGGGUGGUAAGCCUUUCGUUAGCGGAUCCGCAAGCA